ACUGUCAUUUCUUAAAGUCACAUUUGACAACUGUGUUAGCAUGGGUGUAUCUUCGCUGUGUUAUUAUGAUUUCAUAAUUCAAUUCACGUAAUAAAAGUUAUAUCAUAUCUUAUCCUUUGAAUCACUCCUGAAAUAAGGUGUAAAUUGUUGGAAAUACAAUGGGCGAUAACAGAAAGAAGAAAAAAUUCUACUUUCGUAAACGAAGAAAUAAAUAUUUCCUGGAACCCGGCUUUAGAGGCUUCUUCUGCACAUGUAACUUCAGGGAGAAAGACUGUGUAAAGGAGAUGUACAAUUUAUUAAAUGAGUAUGCAGGUAAAUUGUACACUGAAGACUACGGCUCUAAGCCAACAUCUGUUGAUUCCGACGAGCGAUCUGACACUGAUACAGACAAUGAGACUGAUAUUGGAGAUAUGCUUAGACGUGAAGUAGAUUCAAUGAGAAAAGAUUCGCAAAAAUCUCUUAAGCAUAAGAGAUUUCAGGUCGUAGAGACAGGUGUAUCAAACUGUAUUUUUAUCAAAACGAAUUUACCAAGCCCUGAGGAAUUAACAACAGCUAUCAUAAAAGAUUUAACAACGACGAAAGUGCAGAAAACACGACACGUUUUACGUUUGCUACCCAUAAUGGCAACUUGCAAAGCAAACUUGCCUGAUAUAAUGGAAUCUGCAGGGAAACUCUUUGAUAAAUACUUUUUGAAGGAACCUUCAACAUUUGCAGUUAUUUUUAACAAAAGGUUAAAUAGUAGUGCCUCUCGAGAUCUUAUAAUAAAAGAGCUCGCUGAUUUAAUAGUACUGAAGAAUGGUGAGAACAAGGCAGAUUUGAAAAAUCCGGGCCUUUGUAUAAUAGUGGAAAUAAUAAAAGGCAUUUGCUUAUUAAGUAUUGUGGAUAAUUACUAUUCAUAUAAAAAGUAUAAUUUACAUGAAAUAGGUAAAGAAGAGGUAUGCGAUGAUUCCGGAGAGACAGAAGCUAAGAAGUUUAAGUCUGACAUAUCUCAGGAAGAAGAGCAAAGUAAAAUUGAUUAAUAAUGUAUUUCUCUUUGUUGUACUUUAGUGUAUAGGUUAAGGCAACCUGGGGCCCCAAUACCAAUUCUUGCACCAAAUUCUUCUCUAUUUCUUAUCUUUUUAAAUACAUAAAUGUUUACUAUAUAAAUAUAUGUGUAACUGAA